AUGGAUCCUGCCGGUACAUACGCCAACUGCCAAGUGGCGCGGAACUCAUCCCAAGAGUUCCCUCACGAAUGCCAGAAUGGCGAACACCAGACAGCCAAGGACGAACUGAUGGACAAGUUCGCAGCCAAAAACCAGCGUGGAUGGAGGAAAGUGGUGCUCAACUUCACACCAUCAUGGUUUGCAGCCACCAUGGGUACAGGCAUUGCCUCGAUCCUCCUGCACCAACUUCCCUACAAUGGCGACUGGCUGUAUUGGCUGUCGGUCAUUAUCUUCUGUCUCAACAUCGGCCUCUUCUGCCUCUGCCUGCUCAUAUCCAUUCUUCGGUAUACUCUGUUCCCGGGCCUGUUCAUGGCCAUGAUUCGACACCCUGUCCAGUCUCUGUUUGUCGGCACAUUCCCCAUGGGUCUUGCCACGAUUGUCAACAUGGUGGUCUUUGUAUGCGUCGAACACUGGGGAGUCUGGGCAACAACUCUGGCUUGGACAUUGUGGUGGAUUGACGUGGCCAUCGCAGUCAUUACUUGCAUGUGGCUGCCCUUUGUCAUCAUGCACAUCCAUCAAAGUGAGCUAUCCAAGAUGACUGCUGUUUGGCUCUUGCCGAUUGUGGCAACCAUUGUCGCGGCGGCAUCGGGUGGUAUUGUGGCCGAGAUCCUCCCCAAUCCUCAGCAUGCUGUUUGGACGGUCGUCACCUCCUAUGUGCUCUGGGGCACCGGCUUCCCUCUCGCCAUGGUCGUCCUCGUUAUGUAUUUCCACCGACUCACGAUUCACCGACUGCCGCCACGUGAAGUCAUUGUCUCGGUCUUUCUUCCCCUCGGUCCACUGGGCCAGGGCAGCUUUGGGCUCAUGCAACUGGGGAAAGUCGCUUCAGAGGUCUUCCCUCGCACUGGGAACUUCGGUCCGGACGCCGGCAAGGCCAUCUACAGCUUCUCGAUUGUCAUCGCUCUCGCCAUUUGGGGUUACGGCCUGGUGUGGCUUUUCUUCGCGCUAGCCAGUAUCACACGGAGCAGGUUCCCUUUUAACAUGGGAUGGUGGGGUUUCACUUUCCCUCUCGGCGUGUUUGCCGUAUCAACGACGACCCUGGCAAAAGAAAUUCCCAGCAAGUUUUUCAAGAUCCUGGGAACGAUCUUUUCCGUCGCGGUUGUGUUGCUUUGGUUGAUUGUCGCUUUGGGCACCUUGAAGGGCGCAGUCACCGGCACCUUAUUUUAUGCGCCCUGUGUUGAACAGUACGAGAAGGAGUUGACUAAUGGACAGAAGAAGGAAAAGAAGUUGAACAACCGGCUACCCUUGAAGCAUUGGAGGAAGAAGAGUAAUGCGGAGAAGCAGGAGGUCUAA